GAUGCAUGCGCCCGCGCACUGCAUUGUAGGAACUCAAGGGUUCGGGCGAAGGGCGGCCAUUUUGUGUCUGGUCGAGGAGCGGGCUGUGUUUAGUAUUGGUGGUCGAGCUCCGUCGUUAAGUUUCAUAGUUUCUGUAGCUAAGCCGCCGCCGCUGCCGCCGUCGUCAUGGGACGAAAGAAAAAGAAGCAGUUGAAGCCUUGGUGCUGGUAUUGCAAUAGGGAUUUUGAUGAUGAGAAAAUUCUUAUUCAGCACCAAAAAGCAAAGCACUUUAAAUGCCAUAUAUGUCAUAAGAAACUGUAUACUGGGCCUGGUUUAGCAAUACACUGUAUGCAGGUGCAUAAAGAAACCAUAGAUGCUGUUCCAAAUGCUAUACCUGGAAGAACUGACAUUGAACUGGAAAUCUAUGGCAUGGAAGGCAUUCCAGAAAAAGACAUGGAUGAAAGGAGAAGGCUACUUGAACAAAAAACCCAAGAAUGCCAGAAAAAGAAACAACAAGAUGAUUCUGAUGAAUAUGAUGAUGAUGAAUCUUCAGCUUCAACCUCAUUUCAAGCACAGCCUGUGCAACCUCAGCAAGGAUAUAUACCACCAAUGGCACAGCCAGGUUUACCUCCUGUACCAGGUGCACCGGGAAUGCCUCCAGGUAUACCACCAUUGAUGGCAGGUGUUCCACCAAUGAUGCCCGGAAUGCCUCCAGUGAUGCCUGGAAUGCCACCUGGGAUGAUGCCAAUGGGUGGCAUGAUGCCUCCAGGACCAGGAAUCCCACCUCUCAUGCCUGGUAUGCCACCAGGUAGGUCAGGAAUGACGAAUCCAUACUGUGGUAUGCCGCCACCUGUUGGUCCUCGGCCGGGUAUGCCUCCUAUGACACAGGCACAGCCUGUGAAUGCUCCAGGUGUUCUUAAUAGACCUCCAGCUCCUGUUGUUGCAGCACCAAACCCUCAGCCUCCAGUUACUAAACCACUUUUUCCCAGUGCAGGACAAAUGGGGACACCUGUCACAAGCUCAAGUACAACUUCAUCCAAUUCAGAACUGUCAGCACCUUCUAAAGCUCUGUUUCCUAGCACAGCACAAGCUCAGGCAGCUGUUCCAGGGCCAGUUGGUACAGAUUUCAAACCUUUGAAUAAUGUACCUGCAACUACCACAGAACCCCCAAAACCUACAUUCCCAGCUUACACACAGUCUACAGCUUCAACCACUAGCACAACAAACAGUACUGCACCUAAGCCAGCUACUUCUAUAACAAGUAAGCCUGCUACCCUUACAACAACCAGUGCAACCAGUAAGUUGAUCCAUCCAGAUGAGGAUAUAUCACUGGAAGAAAGAAGAGCACAGUUGCCUAAAUAUCAACGUAACCUUCCUCGACCAGGGCAGGCAUCCAUGGGCAAUCCUCCAGUUGGACCAAUUGGAGGUAUGAUGCCACCACAGCCAGGAAUUCCCCCCCAGCAACAAGGAAUGAGACCUCCAAUCCCACCUCAUGGUCAGUAUGGUGCUCAUCACCAGGGCAUGCCAGGAUACCUUCCUGGUGCUAUGCCUCCAUAUGGUCAAGGGCCCCCAAUGGUGCCUCCUUAUCAAGGUGGACCUCCUCGACCGCCAAUGGGAAUGAGACCGCCUGUAAUGUCGCAAGGUGGCCGCUACUGAUGCUACUGCAAACGCUCUUAAUAGGUUUGGAGAUUAAACCUUUUCUCAUCUUGUGCUGUUAAUAUAGCCAAGCUUCCAUCAAUUAAAACUUCGUUGUGACUUUUAGAAAAAAAUAUCUUUCCACAUACAAGGAACUUUUGGACAUUCUUAUUUUACAUGGCAAAAUUUAUUUAGAAUAAUAAAACAGGAACUUUCCCUGAUGUUGCAAUUUAUACUGUAUGGCUUCUUUUUCAUGUUUCAUCUAGGUUUUUAGAAGUGAAGUAUAGUAAAUAUGGUUCGUUAAAUUGUGAAGGCGCUGGAAUUACAUGAACAUACCAACUUAAAGGCAAGUUCUGUAACCUUACGUUGCUGUUCAUAAAAUGAUGCCUUCACAGCACUUCAGGUGCUGUUGGACUUCAUGUCCCCAACAAUAGUUUGGUGAGGGCUUUUAUUGUUACCAUCUACUUGUAUACUUAAGUCUGAAUGUGUAACAAUAUUUAAUGUAUUUAGAGUUCUUCCUGUUGCAGGUGUUACUAAAUUGCCCCACUAAGUUCAUGUGACUUCCUGUACUGUUAAACUUUAUUGUAAUAAAAUGAAAGAAAAAAAUUGUCUUUUUAUUCAUGACCAGCUGUGGACAACUGCCUGAAGGUUUGUACUGAUGCAUGCGAUGGUAGCUUGUGGUUAUAAUAAACACAAAUUUCCUGAUGCUACAUUGAUAUAUUCUGAAUUAUUUGAACUUUAAAGUCACUACUUGAGCUGUAUGCUGUAGCUGACACCUGAACAAGUAGACAUAGACCUGUACACUUAUUAACCAGUUGCAACAAAGUUUUGGGGUUAAGGGGGCAUUCAUAUUUUUUUUCUGAAUGGUGCAUCUUCUUAAAACUUCUUCAUAACUCACCUGAUUAUACUGGUGUGUUCUGUAUUUCCUAAGUGUGUAUGUGCUUCUGCUAAGUAAAUAUUAUUGUAGAGCACAUUUCUUGGUCUGGUUUCAGUUGAUUCUUCGAACCGAGUCUGCCUCAUUGCAGAGACCUCAAGCUAUUUAACAUUUUACAAAGCUUAGGUGCAAGAUAUAGUUCAGUAUUGCCUUCUGAAGUAAAGGUGACCAGCAGAAAGAGAUUCCCUGUAAACCUCUAUUGCAAAAUAUUAAAUUGGUCUUAUAGUUGAUUUAAGAUUUCAAAAAGCAUCUCUACCUGUGCAUAGCAAAGAGCCUUGGGGCUGCUGUAGGGAGCGGAAUGGGAAGAGCACUCUGGUUAAAAACUGCAGCUGAAGCUGUCCUGUGUGAUGCCAAUUUUAUUCUCAUUCCAUGACAUUACCUGGAAAGGGCUAUGCCUGUGUGACAAGAGAAUACCUGUGAUGAGGUUUCAGCUGUGUCUUUAACUGGACUCGGUCUCAUUUGUAAAACUUAGUAGGAAAGUGAGGAUUAAAUUCUUGCCUCAUAUCAAUUAUAAUGAGCAGCUGUUGCCUUUCAUAGGGCACAAUGGGUUUGGGGGUUUUGCCUGAGCGUUUUGGAUCAUGUUUCUUUAUAUGUAGUAUAAACGAGUUCUAUUUUCCAUACUUUUCUGUUGUUAGCAAGAUAGGUAUUUGCAUGAGAGCUGAAAAUAGCAAAACACACUUGGGAGUUAUUCAUACUUCAUCACUUGAAUUUAUAAAGACAAAUUUUGACAUUAAAAUAUUUUUUGCA